CGUUCCGUAUUCUGCUCCGACUGAAAAGUUUUCGAGUGAUCGAGUACGGAGAAAAUGGCUUGUUCGGUCGUGCGGUCAUCGUUGCUACGUGGUUCCACGAUUAGGCAUUAUGCAGCUGCAGCGACUGCCCAGGUUUCUGUACAUGCCACUGCUCCUGAGUGUCAAGUUCUGAGCAAUAAAGUCACUGUUGCCACUCAGGACAGUAACUCGCCCAUUGCCCAGGUGUCUAUAGUUUUCAGAGCUGGAUCACGAAACGAAACAUACGAUACACAAGGUGUCACUCAUACUUUGCGGAUAGCGGCAGGUUUAAGUACAUCCUGCUCGAGCGGUUUUGCCAUAACAAGGAAUAUUCAACAGCUAGGCGGCAAUUUAACUGCGAUUGUCGAUCGUGAAAGUAUCGCGUACACGCUGCAGAUCACUAGAAAUAACUUGUCGGAGGCUCUUCAAUUUUUGGAACAUGUUGCCACCAAACAAGUUUUUAAACCAUGGGAGGUAUCAGACCAGUUACCUAGAAUGGAGUAUGAAUUGGCUUCUAUACCAGACACAACUCUAAUUUUGGAGCUCUUGCACAAAGCCGCGUUCCGCUCCGGAUUAGGAUACUCCUUGUUUUCUCCUAAGCAUCAGUUGGGAAAAAUUGGUUCCGAAACUCUCCAACACUUUGUCAGUACCUGGUUUACUGGACCUAAAUGUGCAGUUGUAGGAACCGGUGUUCCAUUAUCGGAACUCACUGCCCUUGCAAAUAAUUUGGAAAUUGGUACAGAAGAUCGUGCGGUCGAACCAUCGCGAUAUGGUGGUGGAGAACUUCGUAAGGAGAGUGCUAGUGAGCUAACCACCGUAGCAGUGGCUGUCGAAGGCGUAAAUUUGAAGAAUGAGAAAGAUGCUUUGGCAUGCGCUGUACUUCAAAGAGCCUGUGGUACCGGAACACGCGUUAAGUGGGGUCAGGAUGUAGGUCCAUUGUACAAACAAGUCUCUAGCAAUGCUGGCUCUGAGCCAUUUGGGUUGUCAACGUUUAAUGCUAGUUAUUCCGAUUCAGGAUUGUUCGGUUUCAUUUUAUGCUCUUCACCUAAUACAGCGGAAUCCUUAACAAGUGCCGCUUGCGAAUGGCUGAAAUCUUUAAAGUUAUCCGACAGUGAUAUUGCUCGCGGCAAAGCUAUAUUGAAGGCUGAAGUAUUGAGCCAAGCGGACAGCGGGUUCGCUGUAUUGGAGAGUUUACAAUAUCAAGCUUUGUUCAAAGGUCAGGUUUCCGGACCGGCAUCGUUAAUUGCUAAUAUUGAAAAAGUUUCGGCGUCUGACGUUAAAUCUGUUGGCCAAAAACUAGUUAGUGGAAGUUUAUCCAUGGCUGCUAUUGGUGACUUGAAGACUGUGCCAUAUCUCGAUCAAUUGAAAUAAAUCUAAAAUCUAUACUUCCAAAGAUGCGAGUAACGCCCACAGCGUAGUCACACAGAUUCUUCUCGCUGUUAAAAGUCAAACGUAAAAUACGCGUCACGUUACCGAUACGGAUUCUCACGAAAUGCUCCAGUAGCGUACGUGUUUCCUCGCAGUGAACGAAACCGCUCUGUAGAUACGAAUAGAAAUAAAAC